AUGUCUGACGUGUUUGAUAUAAUAGACUAUAUUAAAUCAUUAAAAAAGGGAUUUGAUAAUGACUUGUUUCAAAGUAAAAUAAAUGAACUUGCAUAUAUUGUGGAAAACGAUGGCUUGGAAUAUGAAGCUUUCCAUACUUUGUUUAAAGUUUGGUUAAACUUAAGUAUUCCUAUUACGAAAUGGAUGAGUUUGGGUUCGUGUUUAGUGCCUCAAGAAAGGCUGGAGCCACGAACUGUCGAAUAUUCCUUACGCUGGAUACUGAAUUAUGCUGUGAAUUCUGAAAAUGAGAUCACCUUUUCCAGAGUAGGCUUUUUGCUUGAUUGGUUAACAGCUGCUUUGGACAGUGACUCAAUAGAUAUAGAUGAACUGAACUAUGGAUAUGAAUUGUUUUACUAUAUGUUAGCAUAUGAAGCUUUGACACCUCAUGUUAUGAAACUGGUAUACAAUUUAACUAAACCAGGUGAUGUUACUAGAAGGAAAGUUCUUGAGCUGUUAAACUACGCUAAAAUAAGAGAAGGAAAAAAGAACUUAUAUCGCCAGCUCCAAGUUCUUUUAGGACUGUUCAAAUCGUAUAAACCGGAGUGUGUGCCAGAAGAUGUUCCCUCCAUAUCUAUACAUGCUUCUUUUAGAAAGAUAAGCCCAACUUUACUAAACCGUUUCAAGAGGUGUCAGAAUAACAGAAAUUCUUCUGACAAGAUAAAGCGUCAUUUGUUAUGGACCAAUCCAUUUAAUUUUGAAUCAGGAAGAAAUAAGAAAGCGGAUCCUUUGGUGCCAAAUAUGGAGUUUAUUAAUAUUGGUUCCAAGCAGUAUGCCAAUCAAGGUUCGCAGAAGAAUUAUCUUGAUUUUUCAGACAAAGUAUCUCUUCUUGAGUACAGCGUGCAUCAUGUAACAAGCCGGCCUGCGCGACUUCGCGCAUUGUUAUGCAAUACUAGUGGAAUUACGUUGCUCGCAUUAGCUUCCGAUUCUGAGCAAGCUUUCUUCUCUCAUGAUCUUCACCACCUUCUUAACAAUUGUUUCCUUGAUAUAUCUCCUCAUAGUUAUGCCGAGAAACGGGACCUAUUACGUAGGCUGGCAAUAUUUCAACAGAGAAUUGUGCAGGGUGUUCCUGUCAUCACAAGGUUUCUUGCUCAAUUUUUACCAUUCUGGAAUGAAAAGGAUUUCUUUGCUGAGAUAAUGGACCUAAUUGAAUGGAUAAGCGUGGAUUUUUCUGAAUACAUUGCUUCUAUUAUGGAGUCUCUAAUGAAGAUUUACUACAGAGCGCAACCACUGGAACAAUGCGCUAUACUCAAAAGUUUAUCUGCAAUGUAUUGUCAUCUUGUGUACACUAGCACACGUAAACAACGAUAUUUUAUGAGCGUGCAAUCAUCUCAGACUGACUAUCCCCAAAUCUUACGUAGGGUUGCGUCAAACCUAAAUGACCUCUAUAACAAAGGAUUACAAAUAAAUCCAGAGGAAGUCUGCGUGCAGCUGAGCAUUGGCGUAGCGUUGGAGCGGUGCGCGCGCGCGGAGCUAACCUGUGCGCGGGCGCCGGCCUGCGUGCCGCGCGCGUUCCCGCUCGCGCUCCCUCUCGCCGUGGCGCUGCUGGCGCCCUCUUCUGGGCUGCUAGACAACCUAGCCACCCUCAUUAUGCUGUACAGGAAAAUCUCAUCAAUAAGAGCGAAGGACAAAGGACAGAAAAGCAGCCUGGAUAUUGAACAACUUCAAGUUAUACAAGCCUACACUUCGGAUAUGAUAUCGUGUUUAUACAACGAAGAGUUCCUAAGUGGCAGAAAGGACGGAUUUAUUUUCAACAGGUUGCAUCCACAGACUGUUGAGAAACUUAGUCAUAUAAUACCGGAUGUUGACUCCAAAUUGAGUAUACGUAAUCAUUUAGCGUUCGCGCCGUAUAUAUACGACACGUUAGACAAGGAAGAGAUGGAGAAUUUAGAUACAGACAUCAUUUUAUGGUUUAGUACAGUUAUUAACCAACGAUUUACAAGCUUGAGCAAGUUCUUGAUGACGGCCGUCCCGCAGUUGAGAGGAAAUUUUUAA